AUUCGUGAAGGGAUUAUGUGAUUGCAUCCCCAAUGUAUUGUAUGAAUCAUUGAGUUGUAUGCGGUGAUACAGUGUACUUAUAUGAGUUGUGUUUGUCUACAUGUACCAAUAGUGUAAUUCAUCGAUGAUGAAAAACGUAUCAUGGUUUUGGACCCGGUUGGGCCGUGGAUCAUCCUCCAAUUUCAGCACAGUAAGUAUAGCAUCCAGUUCUUCCAAUGACUCCGUCGACAGUAGCAUCCAAAACCAAAACUACAGAUACGAUGUAUUUAUCAGUUUCAGAGGUCCUGACACCCGCAACACUUUCGUUGAUCAUCUUUAUGCCCAUCUCCUCCGAAAGGGUAUUUUCGUCUUUAAGGAUGACAAAAAGCUCCAUAAAGGAGAAUCCAUAUCAGCACAGCUUCUACAAGCAAUUCAAGAUUCACGCCUUUCAAUCAUUGUCUUUUCCAAACAAUACGCUUCCUCCACAUGGUGUUUAGACGAAAUGGCCGCUAUAGCUGAUUGCAAACAACAAUCAAACCAAACUGUGUUCCCUGUUUUCUAUGAUGUAGAUCCAUCUCAUGUAAGACAUCAGAACGGGGCAUACGAGGUUGCCUUUGUUUCACACAGAUCGAGAUUCAGAGAAGAUCCAGACAAGGUUGAUCGAUGGGCGAGAGCUAUGACGGAUCUGGCCAAUUCAGCUGGUUGGGAUGUCAUGAACAAGCCCGAGUUUAGAGAGAUUGAAAAUAUUGUUCAAGAGGUGAUAAAAACAUUGGGUCAUAAAUUCUCUGGGUUUGUUGAUGACCUCAUUGGGAUACAAUCACGUGUACAAGAAUUAGAAGGUAGUUUAAAAUUAAGUUCAAAUAAUGAUAAUGUUCGAGUUUUAGGAAUUUGCGGGAUGGGUGGAAUAGGAAAGACAACUCAGGCUGUUGUCUUGUAUGAUAGAAUAUCUUACAAGUUUGACGCUUGUUGUUUCGUUGAGAAUGUAAACAAAAUUUACAGGGAUGGAGGUGCAACUGCUAUACAAAAGCAAAUAGUUCGUCAAACUUUAGACGAGAAAAAUCUAGAAAUAUAUAGUCCUUUUGAAAUAUCAGGAAUAGUAAGAAAUAGGCUACACAACAUAAAAGUCCUCAUAUUUCUUGACAAUGUUGACCAAAUAGAGCAAUUGCAGGAAUUGGCCAUAAACCCUAAUUUUCUUUUUGAAGGGAGUAGAAUGAUUAUUAUCACUAGGGAUGAGCAUAUUCUAAAAGUGUAUGGAGCACAUGUAAUACACAAGGUUUCAUUAAUGAAUAAUAAUGAUGCUCGCAAGCUGUUUUAUUCAAAAGCUUUCAAAAGUGAAGACCAAAGUAGUAGUUGUGUAGAGUUGAUUCCUGAGGUACUCAAAUAUGUCCAGUGUCUUCCAUUAGCAAUUAAAGUAAUAGGUUCUUUCUUGUGUACUCGAAAUGCUACCCAAUGGAAAGAUGCUUUGGAUAGAUUUCAGAAUAGUCCAGAUAAUGGAAUCAUGGAUGUACUUCAAAUAAGUAUUGAUGGACUACAAUAUGAAGAAAAAGAAAUAUUUUUACACAUUGCUUGUUUCUUUAAAGAAGAGAUGGAGGAUUAUGCUAAGCGAAUUCUGAACUGUUGUGGAUUACACACUCACAUUGGAAUCCCAAGACUCAUUGAGAAAUCACUCAUAACACUUAGAGAUCAAGAAAUUCAUAUGCAUGAUAUGUUGCAAGAAUUGGGAAAGAAAAUUGUUCGCAAUCAAUUUCCUGAACAACCAGGAUCAUGGAGUAGAAUAUGGCUUUAUGAAGAUUUCUUUCGUGUCAUGACAACCCAAACGGGAACAAAUAAUGUCACAGCCGUAGUUCUAAAUAAAAAAGAUCAAGAUAUGUCCGAAUGUAGCGUUGCAGAACUAUCAAAAAUGAAGAACCUUAGGUUGCUUAUAUUAUACAAUAAAAGUUUUUCAGGAAGCCUUGAUUUUCUCUCCUCCCAGCUGCGAUAUCUUUUGUGGCAUGAUUAUCCUUUUACUUCUUUGCCAUCAUGUUUUGCGGCCUUUGGUCUUGUGGAAUUGAAUAUGCCUAGUAGUAGCAUCAAUUGUUUAUGGGAAGGCCGCAAGAAUUUUACAUGUCUGAAAAGGAUGGAUUUGAGCAACUCCAAAUUUCUUGUAGAGACUCCAGAUUUUUCUGGGGCCCCAUACCUUGAGCGGUUGGAUCUUUCAGGAUGCACAGAUUUAACAUUUGUCCAUCCAUCAAUGGGACGUCUUGAAAACCUUGUUUUCUUGAGUUUCAGAAAUUGUAACAAUCUAAUAAGCAUCAAAAUUGGCCGUGGUUUUAAUCUAAUAUCUUUGAGAGUUCUACAUUUCUCUGGUUGCACUAAACUUGAAAACACCCCAGAUUUUACAAGGACAACAAAUCUUGAGUACCUUGACUUUGAUGGAUGUACAAGUUUAUCCUCGGUACAUGAAUCUAUUGGAGCUCUUGCAAAACUUACAUUCUUGAGUUUUAGAGACUGCAAAAAUCUUGUUAGUAUACCUAACAACAUGAAUACCAUGACAUCUCUUCAAACCCUAGAUUUAUGGGGAUGCUUGGAACUUAUGGAUUUGCCCUUAGGACGAGCUUUCAGUCCUUCAUCCCAUUUGAAAUCUUUGGUUUUUCUGGAUAUGGGCUUUUGCAAUCUAGUUAAAGUACCUGAUGCUAUUGGAGAGUUAAGGUGUUUAGAAAGACUGAAUCUUCAAGGAAACAAUUUUGUUUCAAUACCUUAUGAUUCCUUCUGUGGGCUACAUUGUCUAGCGUAUUUAAACUUGUCUCAUUGCCAUAAGCUUGAAGCUUUGCCCGACCUUCCAUCAGAAAGGGCUUCAUUAGGGGGAUGGUAUUUUAAAACGGUAUCUGGAUCUCGUGACCAUAGGUCAGGGUUAUAUGUUUUUGAUUGUCCCAAGCUGGCUCAUAUGUUGGUGUCGCCAAGCAGAGACUUAGAACUUGCAUGGUUAGUGAGACUGAUUAAGGAACCUUGUAAUUUUCGGUGUGGCUUUGACAUUGUUGUUCCUUUGGGUUUGGAAGUUAUUCUUCCUCGGUGGUUAUUAAACCAAGGGUUUAAAGGGGAUUCAGUUAUACGGAUAAUGCAGUUUAAUGUGGAUGACAACUGGAUUGGUUUUGUCUUUUGUGUUACAUUUGAGCGGAACAUUAUUCGUCCUGCGGUUUCUAGUAGUUCUCCACAUUGUUCAUUUUCUUCGUCACAUCCGUUUCGUCUUUCUUUUGAAAGUGAAUACACAGAAGAAUACUUUGACAUGCCACUUAAUUUGGAGUUGAACAAGAUUUAUGGAUCAAAACAUCUUUGGGUCAUUUAUAUCUCUCGAGAACACUGCCAUUUUGUGAAAACAGGGGCUCAUAUCACAUUUAAAGCCCACUCAAGUGUUAAGAUCAAUGCAUGGGGCAUGAAGAGUAUAUUCAGGCAAGAUAUAGAUGACCUUGAAAGGAUGCAACAAGGAGAAUCUCUUCCACUCCAUCCUAAUGAUGUAGUACACCAUGUUGACUUUGAUAGUGUAGAAAAAAGUAACAACAACUCUGGGCCUAAAUUCCAGCUUCCUUACAAUUGGUUGGUUACAAAGGAAGAUGAAGUUGAGAAUAUGAACACAAAGGCAAAAGAAACUAAUCUCUCUAAUGCGGGGUUGUCAGACGACACAAGAUCUUUAUUUAAGAUCCCAAGCCUAGAAGAUGUGCUCCGCAGGCGGCCUCGGCCUUAGAGCACAGGUACUUCUCAUCUGCGCCUCUACCCACAAAUCUCGUUAAGCUUUCAAGACCUGCUCCUAAGAAGUGUACUGCAGGCAUUAGGUACUUUUCUUUUUGGAUUAAAACCUCCAAAUAGACCUACAAUUACCAGGUAAACACAUGUUGACCCUCCUAUCAUUUCAAAGUGGCUUAAUAGUUUGUAAUUUUGACUCUUUCAACUUUAAAAAGUAGAUAGCAGCACUACACUUUGGCUUGCAUAUUGAACCAUUAACCUUUAAAAAAUAUUAGAGGUUGAAAUAAGAUAAUCAAGGUUCUAUACUGUGUGCUUUUAUCUGUGUUAAAUUCAUGAAUCAUGACUAACUUUGUGAACUGGGUAUGAAAUUGGAUCCUACAGGUUGAGUAUAAAAUUACGCUAAAUUUAAAUGGUGGAGCUAUGCAAAAGCAACAAUGAUCUUAGGUAGUGCACCUUCAGUGCUAAACUGCUUAUGUGGCAAUUUACACCUAACUUUUGGCACCAUGAUGAUUCAGUGUGACUAGGAUUUUGGAGACCCAAAUUGCUUAGUUUAAUUAUGGUGUUUAAUAUGCUUAUUUUCUAUGGAAUUCAUCAAGUCUCAUGAGAAGCCUUGCAGGGGAAGGGAAAUAUAGCAUAUAACUUCAUCUUUUUUUAUAGAGUUGAAUAAUGCUUGCCAAAUUUUUGUUGUCUUUUAAUUUCUACCUGUAAAUAUUAUUUAAUUAAUUUCUUCUCUUUGUUCUGCAAUGCUGACAGAUCACAUUUAAAAAAAAAAAUAGAUCUAGAGUUCUAGCAGCCAGAACGAAUAUUCUAUCAUUUCUAUGAUGGUUCCAUUAGUAAGAGAGGGGUCUAAUACAUUUGAUAAAAUUCUGCGAAUCAGCUUCGCUUGUAUGACUAUAAAGGAAACAUCACGACGCGAGUUAGGUCAUGAAAGGAGAGGAGAAAUUACCUUGGCGUCACGGAGAAAAACUUGGAGUGUGAGUGAGGACCAGCGAUGACGACGGAGGAUGGAGGACCAACAACUAUGAGGACCGCAAGUGAGGGCCAGCGAUGACGAUGCGAGUGAGGGCUUUCAAAGCAGAACUCGAACAAGGUGAGUAGCUCAACUUCAGCACAACACAGAGUCGCGAGUAAGUGAGUAGUUCAGCUUCAGCACGACGCCGUUUUGAAUUUUCGUAAAUUCACAGACUCGUAGCAGACUCGCGAGUCUACCUAAACUUGUCUGAGUCUGUGCUAAAUCGGACAAGUCUACUCCGAUUUUAAUUCUACUUUCGAUUUAACUCGUCGAACCUUAGUGGAAUCAUAAAAUCGUACGAUUUAAAGCGCGAGUUUAACAACCAUGCCUAGUAGUACAUUUAGUGCUCGUGGUGAACUAAAUCAACUUAAAACUAAUUUGAGACUUGACCAGCAAAUUAGUUUGAUAAACUUGAUUAAUUUAAAGAAUUGAAAAUUAGAUUUGUUGAUUAAAUUAUUUGAACUUAA